CCUCACUCUGGGGGUUUCUUUUAGGUCCUUUCAGCGGGGCUGAACUACAACUUUACCCUGGACCCCAACACCUGGAUUCCAGUCCCAAGGCGGUUACCCAGCUGUUUCCAAACCCCACGGGGUUGUCCUGGUCUCCUUCAGCAGACACAGAAGCCCCUUUAGUUGCCAGAUGUUGGCACCCCUGUGUCCCUAAUAAGGUCUUCCCCUCAGGCAGUGCGAGGACAGCCUGUGCCCCAGAAGCAGGAUGAGAAGAUGGCAAACUUCCUGUUACCUCGGGGCACCAGCAGCUUCCGCAGGUUCACCCGGGAGUCCCUUGCGGCCAUCGAGAAGCGCAUGGCAGAGAGGCAAGCCCGAGGCUCGGCCACCUUGCAGGAGAGCUGUGAGGGGCUGCCAGAGGAGGAGGCUCCCCGGCCCCAGCUGGACCUGCAAGCCUCCAAAAAGCUGCCGGAUCUCUAUGGCAACCCACCCCGAGAACUCAUCGGGGAGCCCCUGGAGGACCUGGACCCCUUCUAUAGUACCCAAAAGACUUUCAUCGUGCUGAAUAAAGGCAAGACCAUCUUCCGGUUCAGCGCCACCAACGCCUUGUACAUCCUCAGUCCCUUCCACCCUGUCCGGAGAGCGGCCGUGAAGAUUCUCGUUCAUUCGCUCUUCAGCAUGCUCAUCAUGUGCACCAUCCUGACCAACUGCGUGUUCAUGGCCCAGCACGACCCUCCACCCUGGACCAAAUAUGUCGAGUACACCUUCACAGCCAUUUACACCUUUGAGUCUCUGGUGAAGAUUCUGGCUCGAGGCUUCUGCCUGCAUGCAUUCACCUUCCUCCGGGACCCGUGGAACUGGCUGGACUUCAGUGUGAUUGUCAUGGCAUACACAACUGAAUUUGUGGACCUGGGCAAUGUCUCAGCUUUACGCACCUUCCGAGUCCUCCGGGCCCUGAAAACUAUAUCAGUCAUUUCAGGCCUGAAGACCAUUGUGGGGGCCCUCAUUCAGUCUGUGAAGAAGCUGGCCGACGUGAUGGUCCUCACGGUCUUCUGCCUCAGCGUCUUCGCCCUCAUCGGCCUGCAGCUCUUCAUGGGCAACCUCAGGCACAAGUGCGUGCGCAACUUCACGAUACUCAACGACACCAACGGCUCCGUGGAGGCUGACAGUGUGGUCUGGCCAUCACUGGAAGACUACCUCAACAACUCAGAAAAUUACCUGAUCAAGAAUGGCACCACAGAUGUCUUACUAUGUGGAAACAGCUCCGAUGCCGGGACAUGUCCCGAGGGCUACCGAUGCCUAAAGGCCGGCAAGAACCCUGACCAUGGCUAUACCAGCUUCGACUCCUUCGCCUGGGCCUUCCUCGCCCUCUUCCGCCUGAUGACGCAGGACUGCUGGGAGCGCCUCUACCAGCAGACUCUGAGGUCUGCAGGGAAGAUCUACAUGAUUUUCUUCAUGCUUGUCAUCUUCCUGGGCUCCUUCUACCUGGUGAACCUGAUCCUGGCUGUGGUUGCCAUGGCCUAUGAAGAACAAAACCAAGCCACCAUUGCAGAGACUGAGGAGAAGGAGAAGCGCUUCCAAGAAGCCAUGGAGAUGCUCAAGAAAGAGCAUGAGGCUCUCACCAUCAGGGGUGUGGACACUGUGUCACGCAGCUCCUUGGAGAUGUCCCCUUUGGCCCCAGUAAUCACCCACGAAAGAAGAAGCAAAAGGAGAAAACGAAUGUCUUCAGGGACAGAAGAGUGUGGGGAUGAGAGGUUCCCCAAGUCCGACUCAGAGGAUGGCCCCCGGGCAAUGAAUCAUCUUGGCCUCACCCACGGCCUCAGCAGAACCUCAAUGAAGCCACGCUCCAGCCGCGGGAGCAUUUUCACAUUUCGCCGACGAGACCUAGGUUCCGAGACGGAUUUUGCUGAUGAUGAAAAUAGCACGGCGGGGGACAGCGAGAGCCACCGCACAUCACUGCUGGUGCCCUGGCCCCUGCGCCGGCCCAGUGCCCAAGGACAGCUCAGCCCCGGGACCUCGGCUCCUGGCCAUGCCCUCAAUGGCAAAAGGAACAGCACCGUGGACUGCAACGGGGUGGUCUCCUUGUUGGGGACGGGCGACCCUGAGGCCACCUCCCUAGGGAGCCGCCUCCUCCGCCCGAUGAUGCUGGAGCGCCCCCCAGACACGACCACACCGUCAGAGGAGCCAGGCAGGCCCCAGAUGCUGACCCCUCAGGCCCCAGGCGUGGAUGGCUUCGAGGAGCCAGGGGAGCGGCAGCGGGCCCUCAGCGCCGUCAGCGUCCUCACCAGCGCGCUGGAAGAGCUGGAGGAGUCUCAUCGCAAGUGUCCACCAUGUUGGAACCGCUUCGCCCAGCGCUACCUGAUCUGGGAGUGCUGCCCACUGUGGAUGUCUAUCAAGCAGAGAGUGAAAUUCAUGGUCAUGGACCCAUUCGCUGACCUCACCAUCACCAUGUGCAUCGUGCUCAACACGCUCUUCAUGGCCCUGGAGCACUACAACAUGACGGCUGAGUUUGAGGAGAUGCUUCAGGUCGGAAACCUGGUCUUCACGGGAAUCUUCACGGCAGAGAUGACCUUCAAGAUCAUUGCUCUUGACCCCUACUACUACUUCCAGCAGGGCUGGAAUAUCUUCGACAGCAUCAUCGUCACCCUUAGCCUCAUGGAGCUGGGCCUGUCCCGCAUGGGCAACCUCUCAGUGCUUCGCUCCUUCCGCCUGCUUCGGGUCUUUAAGCUGGCCAAGUCGUGGCCCACCCUGAACACACUCAUCAAGAUCAUCGGAAACUCCGUGGGGGCACUGGGAAACCUGACCCUGGUGCUGGCCAUCAUUGUGUUCAUCUUUGCUGUGGUGGGCAUGCAGCUCUUUGGCAAGAACUACUCAGAGCAGAGGUACCGCAUCAGCGACUCAGGCCUCCUGCCCCGCUGGCACAUGAUGGACUUCUUCCAUGCCUUUCUCAUCAUCUUCCGCAUCCUCUGUGGCGAGUGGAUCGAGACCAUGUGGGACUGUAUGGAGGUGUCUGGGCAGUCACUGUGUUUACUGGUCUUCUUGCUGGUUAUGGUCAUUGGCAACCUUGUGGUCCUGAACCUCUUCCUGGCUUUGCUGCUCAGCUCCUUCAGCGCAGACAACCUCACAGCCCCUGACGAGGACGGGGAGAUGAACAACCUCCAGCUGGCCCUGGCCCGCAUCCAGAGGGGCUUGCGCUUCGUCAAGCGGACCACCUGGGACUUCUGCUGUGGACUCCUGCAGCGGCGGCCCCCGAAGCCCGCGGCCCUCGCCCCCCAUGGCCAGCUGCCCAGCUGCAUUGCCACCUCCAGCUCCCCACCGCCCGCUGAGACAGAGAAGGCACCUCCAGCCCGCAAGGAGACCCGGUUUGAAGAAGGACAGCGGCCAGGCCAGGGCACCCCCGGGGACCCGGAGCCCAUGUGCGUGCCCAUUGCCAUGGCUGAGUCAGACACGGAUGACCAAGAUGAUGACGAGGAGGAGGAGGAGACCAGCAAGCAGCAGGAAUCCCAACCUGUGUCCAGUGGCCCAGAGGCCCUCCCGGAGCCCGGGGCCUCGAGCCAGGUGUCAGAGACCGCUUCCUCCGAGGGCGAGGCCAGUGCGGCUCAGGCAGACUGGCAACAGCAGCGCAAAGUGGAGUCCCCGGCCCCAGGGUGCAGUGAGACCCACGAAGACAGUUACUCGGAGGGAAGCACAGCAGACAUGACCAAUACUGCUGACCUGCUGGAGCAGAUCCCUGACCUGGGCGAGGAUGUCAAGGAUCCAGAGGACUGCUUCACCGAAGGCUGUGUCCGGCGCUGCCCCUGCUGUAAUGUGGACACCACACAGUCCCCAGGGAAGGUGUGGUGGCGGCUGCGCAAGACCUGCUACCGCAUCGUGGAGCACAGCUGGUUCGAGACAUUCAUCAUCUUCAUGAUCCUGCUCAGCAGUGGAGCACUGGCCUUCGAGGACAUCUACCUGGAGGAGCGGAAGACCAUCAGGGUUCUGCUGGAAUAUGCCGACAAGAUGUUCACGUAUGUCUUCGUGCUGGAGAUGCUGCUCAAGUGGGUGGCCUACGGCUUCAAGAACUACUUCACCAACGCCUGGUGCUGGCUGGACUUCCUCAUCGUGGACGUCUCCCUGAUCAGCCUGGUGGCCAACACCCUGGGCUUUGCCGAGAUGGGCCCCAUCAAGUCGCUGCGGACCUUGCGCGCACUCCGACCCCUGCGAGCCCUGUCACGAUUUGAGGGCAUGAGGGUGGUGGUCAAUGCGCUGGUGGGCGCCAUCCCGUCCAUCAUGAACGUCCUCCUGGUCUGCCUCAUCUUCUGGCUGAUCUUCAGCAUCAUGGGCGUGAACCUCUUCGCGGGGAAGUUUGGGAGGUGCAUCAACCAGACUGAAGGAGACCUGCCCUUGAACUACACCUUUGUGAACAACAAGAGCGACUGUGAGUCCUUCAAUGUGACUGGCGAGCUGUACUGGACCAAGGUGAAAGUCAACUUUGACAACGUGGGGGCCGGGUACCUGGCCCUCCUGCAGGUGGCGACAUUCAAAGGCUGGAUGGAUAUCAUGUACGCGGCUGUGGACUCCAGGGGGUAUGAAGAGCAGCCCCAGUGGGAGUACAACCUCUACAUGUACAUCUACUUCGUCGUUUUCAUCAUCUUCGGUUCUUUCUUUACCCUGAACCUUUUCAUCGGCGUCAUCAUUGAUAACUUCAACCAACAGAAGAAAAAGUUAGGGGGCCAGGACAUCUUCAUGACGGAGGAGCAGAAGAAGUACUACAACGCCAUGAAGAAGCUGGGCUCCAAGAAGCCCCAGAAGCCCAUCCCACGUCCCCUGAACAAGUACCAGGGCUUCAUAUUCGACAUUGUGACCAAGCAAGCCUUCGAUGUCACCAUCAUGUUUCUCAUCUGCUUGAACAUGGUGACCAUGAUGGUGGAGACAGACGACCAGAGCCCUGAGAAAGUCAACAUCUUGGCCAAGAUCAACCUGCUCUUCGUCGCCAUCUUCACAGGCGAGUGCAUCGUCAAGAUGGCUGCCCUGCGCCACUACUACUUUACCAACAGCUGGAACAUCUUCGACUUCGUGGUCGUCAUCCUCUCCAUUGUGGGCACCGUGCUCUCAGACAUCAUCCAGAAGUACUUCUUCUCCCCAACGCUCUUCAGAGUCAUCCGCCUGGCCCGCAUCGGCCGCAUCCUCAGACUGAUCCGAGGGGCCAAGGGGAUCCGCACGCUGCUCUUCGCCCUCAUGAUGUCCCUGCCGGCCCUCUUCAACAUCGGGCUGCUGCUCUUCCUCGUCAUGUUCAUCUACUCCAUCUUCGGCAUGGCCAACUUCGCUUAUGUCAAGUGGGAGGCUGGCAUUGAUGACAUGUUCAACUUCCAGACCUUCGCCAACAGCAUGCUGUGUCUCUUCCAGAUCACCACGUCAGCGGGCUGGGAUGGCCUCCUCAGCCCCAUCCUCAACACGGGGCCCCCCUACUGUGACCCCAAUCUGCCCAACAGCAAUGGCUCCCGGGGCAACUGUGGGAGCCCAGCUGUGGGCAUCCUCUUCUUCACUACCUACAUCAUCAUCUCCUUCCUCAUCGUGGUCAACAUGUAUAUCGCCAUCAUCCUGGAGAACUUCAGUGUGGCCACAGAGGAGAGCACUGAGCCCCUCAGCGAGGAUGACUUCGACAUGUUCUACGAGAUCUGGGAGAAGUUCGACCCAGAGGCGACCCAGUUCAUUGAAUAUUCAGCCCUGUCUGACUUCGCUGAUGCCCUGUCUGAGCCGCUCCGCAUCGCCAAACCCAACCAGAUAAGCCUCAUCAAUAUGGACCUGCCCAUGGUGAGUGGGGACCGUAUUCACUGCAUGGACAUCCUCUUUGCCUUCACCAAGAGGGUCCUGGGUGAGUCUGGGGAGAUGGACGCCCUGAAGAUCCAAAUGGAGGAGAAGUUCAUGGCAGCCAACCCGUCCAAGAUCUCCUACGAGCCCAUCACCACCACACUGCGGCGCAAGCACGAAGAAGUGUCGGCCACCAUCAUCCAGCGGGCCUUCCGGAGGCACCUGCUGCAGCGCUCCGUGAAGCACGCCUCCUUCCUCUACCGCCAGCAGACAGGCAGCAGCGGCCUGUCCGAAGAGGACGCCCCGGAACAAGAGGGCCUCAUCGCCUACAUGAUGAAUGAGAACUUCUCCCGGCGCGUGGGCCCACCCUCCAGCUCCUCCAUCUCCUCCACAUCCUUCCCACCCUCCUAUGACAGCGUCACCAGGGCCACCAGCGAUAACCUGCAGGUGCGGGUGUCUGACUACAGCCGCAGCGAAGAGCUUGCCGACUUCCCCACAUCCCCAGACCGGGACCGGGAGUCUAUCGUGUGAGGCCUGUCCCAGCUGGCCAGGACACACAGAAAGGCAGCCUGUUGCAUUGUGGUAAAGCUGAAUGCAGCCACAAACCAGCAUGCCCUGGGAUCUCCCUCGCUUUGGGCUUCGGGGGUGAGAGAUGGGUCUCAGCCCUCUGGAUCAAAGCAGAGUUCUGUGGCCCAAGUCGACGCCCGGAAGCAGCCGGCCCUUGGGAGAGACCUGUUCCUAGAGACCCCCCACCCGCUCCAGGGGCUCUGAAAAGCAACUCUAGCCCAGCUGCUGAGGCAAAAUAGAAAACAGACUGUAUGUUAUGAAUGGGCUUUCUUAAAUUUAUUAUAUUUGAUAUUUUUUUACUUGAGCAAAGAACUAAUGUUUUUUCCAUGGACGCAGGCAGCAGUUCACGCUGCCUCCUCUUAACUCUGAACAAGUCUGUGGAGCUGCUGGAACUCUGUUCUCAAAGCAAAAGUGAAAUCCUGCGGCUCCCCCAGGCCCUCAGGGCUGGAAGGCAUAAAGGGGCCCCCUGCCACUUGGGCUAAGCCCCUUUCCUCUCACACACGUGUGCACACACUCUUCACACCCACAGAGGCCAGGCACUGACCGCGUGUGCCCAGGCUCCCCUCCGGUGAGUGUCUGUCAGGCAGCCAUCUCUGCCCCAGCCCCCACAGCAAGGGUUCUUAAGCAGGGGCUCGCUGUGGCCUUCCGUUUUCCCCAAGGUCCUGUUUCUCCCCCAUUUUUUUUAAUGCAGAUCAAACUGGGGUCAGUUCUACAAAAAUAAAAAGCUUCCAGAAGAGAGGGACCUGUAAUCCGGGGCUGGUCCUAGGCACAGACGUUGCCGUUUCUUCCCGGGAGAGCUUGACCUUCUGUAAGAGUAUUAAUGUUAAAGCUGGGUGGGCACGAGGGAGCCAACCCCUCUCACAGCCUGGCACCCAGCUGUCCUUGCUCCAGGAACCUGGCAUGCCCUGCCCCACAGGCUGGGAAGAGAAAGUUGAGGCCUGUGGAGCCGGGAGAAACGGCUCAACAGCGCCCAGCUGCAGUGGCUCCUCGGCCCUUCUAAAGAUGGGAGCCUGCUGUCAUCUCCAGGGCCCUCUUUCUGAACAUUUCUGCCUCUGACUAUGUGGCAGGGUGGGCAGGGGGUGCCCAGAGAGCCGCAGCUCCUCUCCAGGUGCAGCAGCACGGGAGUGGGAGCACAGCGUGGGCCUUGGAUGGUCACACCCCAGCCUCGGCCUCAGUCUUGGCCACCAUGCGGGAAAUGAACUUCGGGAGAAGAGGGCAGUGAGGGCUCCGGCUCAGCCCAGGUUCCUGGUGGCCCCCCCACAUGGGACCUCCCGGGUAGGGUCCAGGCUGUAAACAGGUCUUGUGAGGGGGCCUUUUCAGGGAAAAAUACUUUUUUCUAGUUCAGUUACCCCAGGGCCUCUUCAGCUGCUGACAAUCCUUUCUCGCAUAUGCAAAUCUUUUAACAUAGAGAACUGUCACCCGAGAGGGACAGUGUUGGCUGGCGGAGCCUGAGCAGGCAGGGGCUCAGCUGCCCCACUCCAGCUCUCCGCCAGGCGUCCACAUCGCAGGCCACCCACCUCUCGGGCCUCCCGGGAAGCCGGAAACUGGCUGCUCCUCACCUACCUCGCCGAGCUGUCGGAGGGCUGGAUGUUCCUGAGCUUGCUGCAGUGCUGAGGGGCAUUGCUGGCGAGUAAAGUAUUACGUUUCUUCUCGUCACCCCGAGCUCCCUGGGUGGCAACCCCAGCCUCCAACCUUACCCCACCCCCAGUGAUUUCUCUUCUCCUGUGGUCCCUUUGAGUCCUGUGUGGGACGACGUGCUUUAAACUGUCCCAGUGACGCUUGGAGUGGAAAUCUUAUUUUUGUAGAUCUCUGUGCUUUGCUUUCAAGGCUUGGAGAGGUGAUGCCCCUCCCUGGCACUCAGCACCCGCCGCAUGGGCAAGAAUGUGGUCAGGGAGGCGGGCCGGGCUACCAGCCCAGCUGGCCGGAAGGAGACUGUGGUUUCGUGUUGGACAGCCCAGGAGCCUUGAGACAGGUGCCCGCUGACAGAUUCAGCUGCAGACGGUGUGGCUGAGGGCAGCGAAAGCUGGACCCAAUGCCUUAGCUUUUAGCGUGGCUCUUCCCCACCCCCACCCCCGCCCCCAGAACUGCACAAUGACCAGCAGGAGGGAAGAAGAGGGUAGGAAAAAGGAGGGAGGGACAAGCAUCAAGUGCCAGGUGUUGUCUGAACUAAUUGAGCACUUCUCACCAAACUUCAUGUAUAAAUAAGAUGCAUAUUUUUAAAACAAACCAAUAAAUGGCUUACAUGACUUGG